GACUACAUUGUAUCGGUUCCCACACAGAGAAGCAAAGCGCGGUGCUCGGCUACAAACGGCGAAUACGGAGGAAUUAACCUGGAUGGGGAGCCGUUCAUAGAGGGAUUGGUUUUAUUUUUUUUUUGUUGACCGAUUCGCGAGGCGGCUGGGAACAGCAGCGGGGAAAAUGCGCCUGGGACUCGGCUAUUUUUUUCUGCUGUGGUCGGUGUGUCGAAGUGUGAUGGCAGAAGUCCAGUGAAUCUCCCCUUCCUCUCUCUCCUGUUGUUGGGUGUCUGGGGGAGCGCUGCCACUGGUUUCUACUAGAGCUUUUAUUUAGAGGCUUUUAUUUUUAUUUUAUUCUUUUUUUUAUUGCAACUCAACCGCCUUUGAUUGAUUAGUUCUUCAGACGGGAGCGAGCACCACCAUGGACGGUGAGCGGUUGGGAAUAGGAUUGUUCAGUUAAGUCGGGCAGAAUGUGGUUAAAUGGGACAGGAAGGAGUAGAACGUGAAGAUUCUCUAACCCUUGCCCCUGACUCCCAACCGUCUGAGAGGGUGUCAGACCUCACCGAGGCAUUCCGGGGCCGUUGGCACUAAAAUGUCCCUAAGUGGUGGCACUGCAGGCGGGAAAGGUGUGGACUCUAAUGCGGUGGACACUUACGACAGCGGGGAUGAGUGGGAUAUCGGUGUUGGAAAUCUGAUCAUUGACCUCGACGCUGACUUAGAAAAGGACAAACUUGAGAUGUCUGGCACCAAGGACGGCAUGGCGGCACCACCCAGCGCAGUGGCGGCGUUGCCCGACAAUAUACGAUUCGUUAGCCCAGUCUCUGGCGCUCAAGGCAAGGAGAGCAAAUCAAAAUACAAGCGCAGUAAGAACUCUAAAGACAAUAGCAGCAAAGCUUCCACGGACGGGGGUAAAAAAGAAACCACCGGACGGACUCAAGGGGAGCCAAUAGGUGCAGCAAGCGCAGUAGCUGCAGGCAACAACUCCACCAAGAACAUGGAAAAAGGAGGCAAAGCCUCCAGAGGUGUUCUUGGAGGUAAAAAAGACAAGGAAGGGGCCAGUGGGAAAAAUAAGAAAGACAAAACAGAUGGCGCCCCAGUCGUGGCAAUUGGCGUCUCUGACAAGGACGUUACUCAGGCCCAGGUUGCUUUGGGAAAUAGUCGUAAUGCGUCCUUUGAGAACACACAAUCAACAGACUUGGCAGAUGCUAAUCAAAUGGGGAAUAUUGCACUUGAAUCUGUUGGGAUAGUACCAGCGUUGACCAUGAAAACUGAACCAGAUGAGGUGGAAAAUGUGAACAGUGAAUGCAAGACAUUAAAGAAGAUAAAAAGCGAGAAGAUGGAAUCUCCCGUCUCCACGCCAGCUCCUCCUCCCCUCCACCUUCUGGCUGCGGUCGGCAACAGCGAAAUCGCCUCGCCAUGUGAGCAGAUAAUGGUGCGCACGCGCUCUGUGGCGGUGAACACGUCCGACGUGGCCCUGGCGACAGAACCCGAGUGCUUGGGGCCGUGCGAGCCUGGCACCAGCGUGAACCUUGAAGGCAUUGUGUGGCAAGAAACUGAAGACGGCAUGCUUGUGGUCAAUGUCACUUGGAGGAACAAGACAUAUGUGGGCACCUUGUUAGACUGCACACGGCAUGACUGGGCUCCCCCCAGAUUUUGUGAAUCGCCCACAAGUGAUCUGGAAAUGAGAAAUGGUCGUGGCCGAGGUAAACGGAUGAGACCGAACAGCAACACCCCGAUCAACGAGAAUAGCAACUCGUCAGACAACAAGGGUGCCACCAACAACAAGACACGUGCUGCCUCAAACACCAAGGGCCGCAGGGGCAGCCAGACGCCAUCAGAGCGCCGCACCCCUCCGAACAGCAACACAGAGGACAUCAAAGCCAGCCCUUCCUCUACUGGGAAACGCAAGACCAAACCUGCCUCUGAUAUGGAGCCCAACUCCAGUUCAGAGGACACCAAAGGCAACAAGCGCAUGCGGACAAAUUCCAACAAUGGAGGCGUGGGUGCUGCAGGUCUCCCAAUCCCUUCUGUUAAGACGGAAUCUCUUCCACCUCCACUCGAUCGAGGCUGCCCAUCUCCAGUUCUUAUUGACUGUCCACAUCCCAACUGCAACAAAAAAUACAAGCACAUCAAUGGACUGAAGUACCACCAAGCCCGAGCCCACAAUGAUGAUGACAUAAAGUUGGACUUGGAUGGAGACAGUGAAUACGGAGAGGACUCGACCCUCCAUCCUGAACCGGGAAACUGUAAUGGGGCGACUAUCUCCCAGAAAGGAUGUUUGUCUCCAGCUCGUUCAGUUACUCCGAAGGGCAGGAACUUUGAUGCACAGAGUCCUUCCCCCUCUCCUGGGAAGUUUGGUUCAAAGCAGAGUAAAAAGAAAACAGUUGAGACGGAUCCAGACACAGGAGGUACACCGAUGGAUGGCUGCGAGGAUGGACCAUGCCUUACUGAUGAGGCUAGUAAUGACGGGAUAGACGAUAAGAGAGGAUCGGAUAAAUCAAAAAAGGCUAACACUGGUACAAAAACUGAUAAAAUUGCCCAGAAAAACUUGAAGUCACCACGUCCUAUUGGCCCUGGGCCUCCAGGAUCCCAACAGAUGUAUCCUUUUCCGCCUGGGAACCAAAAUCCCUCCCCAGGACUAGCCCCAAUGAUGCAAGGAAUCCCCAAGAGCCCCCAAAUGAAAGGUGCACAGCCUAAACCUCCAGUUAUUGGAGAUCCAGCAUCAAGUAGCUCCAAAGACAAGAAGAAGAAGGACAAAAAGAAAAAGGAUGGCGCAAAGGACGCUGAUAGCCCUAAGCCCCCAGGAAAGGGUGGAAAAUUAGAGGAAGCAAAGCUUCCAUACUCUGAACCUUGUGACCAAGGUAAUAAGGGCGAGAGUCUCCUCAAUGGCUCCUCAGACCCCCAUCAGAGUCGCUUGGCCAGUAUCAAGGCAGAGGCUGACAAAAUUUACAGCUUUUCUGACAAUGCUCCAAGUCCGUCUAUUGGUGUUGCCAGUCGGAUAGAUGGCAGUGGGAUGCCACAACCUCUUACACCACUUCACGUGGUAAAUCAGAAUGGUGCAGACAACUCCUCAGUUAAAACCAAUAGCCCAGCAUAUUCAGACAUUUCAGAUGCUGGGGAGGAUGGAGAAGGGAAACCAGAAGGUGUCAAGGUCAGGACUGAUGACCAAACCAUCAGGGAAAGCGUCAAAAAAGCACUCUUUCCAAACCAAACACCCAAUAAAGAAUCCCCUUACUAUACCAAUUACGACACUUAUUAUUCUCCUAAUUACGUCAACCCCAGUCCUGGCGGCCCAAACCCAGCUGCACCAGCGGCUGAAGGUCAGGCUAAGAUCAAAAGAGAUGAUGAACAUGACCAAGCUGAGGAUAAAGUAAAGGUUGAAGUUCAUGAAGAACGGAAAUCUGACCCCAGUGGUGCUGGCCUACAGCAACAGCAGCCCUCCGUCAUCCAGCAGAGGUCCAACAUGUACAUGCAGCCUCUCUACUACAAUCAGUAUGCAUACGUCCCUCCAUAUGCCUACAGUCAUGAUCAAAGCUACCAUAACCACUUGAUGAACACCAAUCCAGCCUUCCGGCAACAGUAUGAGGAAAGGCAACGGCAGAUGGCUGAGCAGCAUCGAGCUGCAGAGAAGAAGUCGGACGCUGUCAUGAAAGAGCGAGAGGCCUCCAUGAAGGAGGAGUGGAAACAAAAGAGCCCAAUGCCACCAAGCCUUUCCAAAGCCCCAAGUCAGUCCGAUCUUGGAAAGGUACCCCAGGCGCCGAGCAAAUCCAGAGACUCGCCUUCUGAGUUGACCUCCAAGUCUAUUGGAAGCAUAAAGGGGGAGGACCCAAAAUCCCAGCAAGCUGAGGGGUUAAAGAUGAAACUGUCUGAAGGGGGUCACCAUGGCAAGGAAGACUCUUUGCAAGCUCUGGAGUCAAGAGGCCAGGCUGGAAUGGAGCAGGCCAUGUGGUACAGACAGCAGUACCCUGAGAGCCAGAAGCUCCAACCAGAGGAAGAACACCAGCAACAGCAGCAUCGCAGGAAAGAAGAAAGGGAACGAGAUCGAAAGCUAAAGGAAGAAAGGACCAGGCCAAAGGACAGUCAAAGUGGACCCAAGGAGGAUGGAAAAGACUGUAACGAUCCUCGAAUCAGUGCUGAAGAACAUCGAGCCAUGAGCAAAGACUCUCGUUCUAACCCCCACAUGCAGUUCACAUCACCACUAGCACAGCACCAAGGCUACUUGCCUUACAUGCAUGGUUACCCCUAUGGACAAGGUUAUGACCCCAACCACCCGGGAUACAGAGGCAUGUCUUCAGUCAUGAUGCAGAAUUAUCCAGGUUAUCUAUCUGGAGGUUAUCCAUUUUCUACUUACGGGGGUAAAAUAGCUGGAGGUGAGGAAGGAAGCGAGAAAUCCCGCGCUAGCCCCACCGUCACUAAAACGGCAACGGACCCCAAAGCCCUGGACGCGCUACAUCAUUGCGUCACGCAGUACAAGAGCAAAUCCCCCACGGUUGGCGAUAAACCGCCCCACGACAGAGAACGGGACCAGGACCGAGGGGCUGCCGUGGAGCGAGAGCGGGAAAGAGAGCGUGAGAGGGACAGAGACAGGGACGUGGACCGACCGCGUACCUCACCGUCCCAGCGAAUCAUGCCCUCUCACCACCACCUGGGAUACCCGCUGCUCUCAGCGCAGUACGACUUGUCCUAUGCCACAGGGAAACCUGACCGUCACACCUCAACCCUGCAGAGGUUCAUGUGACUGGCUCACAUGAGAGCAACAUCCUCUGGUUGUUACCUUCUAGACAUCAGUUGAAUGGUGUUAUCUUUAUUUUUUAGUUCCCCUGCCCCAAGGCAAGGCAGAAUGUUGUUGCUGUUUUUUUGUUUAGUUUUUUUUCCUCCUCCCCUCGUAAAAGACCCCAAAUUCUCCGAUCCGAGGACUGUAACAGGACUAAAAGCAACCCAGGUUCAAAGCCAUGACUCUGCUCCUUCAUGCAGAGGAAACGCCGGCCCGCUGAUCAUCUAGUCUUUGCACUGUCGACAAAAACAAUGCAAAAAGAGACUAUUGGACUGCCAGAACAGCUUUCUCUUUUUUUGUUUUUUUGUUUUUUCCUGACUGCAUUGUUUUUUUUUUUUUUUCUUCUUGUCACUCAGAAAGAACUUUGCAGGGGUUUGGGUUUGACAGUGGGGUGGGAGAGGCGUCAACUGAAAGAUGGGCUUACAGUGCGCCGUGAAACAACGGUAUAUCCUAAACUUGACAAAUGUUCGGCUAUAUUUAGUGGGAG